UGGGCCCCGCAAUAUCUUAUCUCUGAAUCUCUGAUGCGCACACACAAAGUACAAGGUGCCGACGAGCUAGAACUCACACACUCCACAUACAAAUGACUUCGCUGCAAGUCCUUCAACCCACCGGGCCCACCCCACCCUCCCUAAGUUCGCCCAGGACCCACAUUUCACCGUUACGCGGCCUGGAAUCAUGCUCUACCAUGGCGGAGCUCAAGCAGUUGCACUCCCAAGUCAUCAGGCUCGGCCUCGCCACCGACAACGACGCUAUGGGCCGGGUCAUCAAGUUCUGCGCCCUCUCCAAAAAUGGCGAUUUGGGUUAUGCCCUCCAGGUGUUCGACGCAAUGCCUCAACCGGACGCAUUUAUUUACAACACCGUAAUGAGAGGUUACUUGCAGUGCCAAUUGCCGAGAGAUUGCAUUGUUUUGUACUCGCAGAUGUUGCAGGACUUUGUGACUCCAAAUAGGUUCACGUUUCCGUCUGUUGUACGAGCUUGUUGCGCUGAUGGUGCUGUUGCAGAAGGGAAACAAGUCCAUGCCCAUGUCAUUAAACUCGGGUUUGGAGAUGAUGGGUUUUGUCAGAACAAUUUGAUUCACAUGUAUGUGAAGUUUCAGUCUUUAGAGGAAGCUAGAAGGGUGUUUGACAAGAUGCCCCGGGUGGAUGUCGUGUCUUGGACGACUUUGAUUACUGGGUACUCCCAGUGGGGCUUUGUCGAUGAGGCUUUUGAAAUGUUCAAGUUGAUGCCCGAGAAGAAUUCUGUAUCUUGGAAUGCAAUGAUUUCCUCUUAUGUCCAGAGUGGUCGUUUUCAUGAGGCGUUUGCUUUGUUUCAAAGAAUGCGCGUGGAAAACGUAGAAUUGGAUAAGUUCAUGGCGGCUAGUAUGUUAUCAGCUUGUACAGGUUUAGGUGCUCUAGAACAAGGGAAGUGGAUACAUGGAUAUAUUGAGAAAAGUGGGAUUGAAUUGGACUCGAAACUUGCAACAACGAUCAUUGACAUGUAUUGCAAAUGUGGCUGCCUGGAGAAGGCUUUUGAAGUUUUCAAUGGUUUGCCCCGUAAAGGGAUUUCUUCAUGGAAUUGCAUGAUUGGAGGGCUAGCAAUGCACGGGAAAGGUGAGGCAGCCAUUGAGCUUUUCGAGCAGAUGCAAAGGGACAUGGUAGCUCCCGACAACAUUACUUUUGUUAAUGUUCUUAGUGCAUGUGCUCACUCGGGGUUAGUAGAAAAGGGGCAGCAGUACUUCCGCAGCAUGGUUGAAGUCCACGGUAUUGAGCCCAGAACAGAGCAUUUUGGCUGCAUGGUUGAUCUUCUUGGAAGAGCCGGGAGGCUGGAGGAAGCAAGAAAGCUAAUAAACGAGAUGCCUAGGAGCCCCGAUGUAGGUGUCUUGGGUGCUCUCCUCGGAGCUUGUAAGAUCCAUGGAAAUGUUGAACUGGGAGACGAAAUAGGGAGGAGGGUAAUCGAACUGGAACCAGAAAAUAGCGGGCGCUAUGUGUUGUUAGCCAAUCUAUACGCAAAAGCGGGCAGAUGGGACGACGUUGCCAAUGUGAGGAGGUUGAUGAAUGACAGAGGAGUGAAGAAGGUUCCUGGAUUUUCCAUGAUUGAAUUGGAAGGCACUGUCAGUGAAUUCAUUGCCGGCGGAGGGUCUCAUCCUCAGACAAAAGAGAUAUACUUGAAAGUGGAUGAAAUGUUGAAAUGUAUAAGAUCUGCAGGAUAUGUUCCGGACACAGAGGGAGUGUUGCAUGAUCUCGACGAGGAGGAAAGGGAGAACCCUUUAUACUAUCACAGUGAGAAACUUGCAAUUGCAUUUGGCCUGUUGAAGACAAAACCCAGGGAAACUCUUCGUAUAUCGAAGAAUUUACGAGUCUGCAAAGACUGCCACCAGGCAAGCAAGCUAAUCUCGAAGGUUUUCGACCGUGAAAUAAUCGUGAGGGAUAGAAAUCGCUUCCACCAUUUUAAAGGGGGAGAAUGUUCUUGUAAAGAUUACUGGUAAGUGGGAAUGCUAUCUGGUUCUCAAGAAAAUACAUCACAACUUACUUGAGGAAAGAUUAUAUCACAACCUACAUAAUGUUCUUCUUACUGAUAUACUGAUAGAAUAUACAUAUACAUACACACUGGUGACAGUGUGGUGCAUAUUCCGUAACAUUUUUCAAC